UGGCCCUUUAAGACGCAGCAGCGGGUCAGCAAGUAGUGUAGCUAGUGUUUCUCUAAUUGAACUUUACCCAAUCAACAAUAACUCGUUAGCAGUUGCUUGCUUUUUCGUGUUCCUUGAGGCAGCGUAUUCCUUACAGGGAAUCGCCCCCCAGCCAGUACCGUUAUACUUUCUAAAGAUCUUCAUGGAACUUCGCAGAGGAACUGUCUCUCUCUGCAAGGAAAUACGAUUCUGUUGCCUGUAAAACUGCAACCUACGCUCGAACCAUGGUUAUUUUGGAGAAAACAUUUCAGAAAAGUGAAGUUGUAUAAUUCGAAUGAAAGUGCUAAAAAGUGGGCUGCGAAGAAGACGACAAUUUAAAGAAACACUGGUGGACGUUUAAACGACCAUUUGAAUGAAAUAAUCAGCCUUUGUCAGCAGUAAUUCCCUGGGACUGCAAUGACCUCCAAUAAAGACAUGAAGGCAGGCUCUGUGUUGCAGUCCAGUGGCGAGGAGAGGAGACGGGGUCCCUUGGACCAGCUUCCACCCCCGGCCAACUCCAACAAGCCUCUGACGCCGUUCAGUAUUGAGGAUAUCCUAAACAAACCCUCGGUGAAAAAGUCAGUUGCUAAUCUCUGUCCGCCGAGAGUUAUUGAAAAAGUGUCCGGCUCAAAUGCAGCAAGAAACGGUAUUAGCACUCCCUCUUCGCCGUUAUGCGCUCUGGAGGAACUAGCCAGCAAAACAUUUAAAGGUCUGGAAGUCAGCGUUAUACAAGCAGCUGAAGGUCGUGAACAUGUAAACGCCUUUGGACAGAGGCAAACCUCAAAAAAGAGGAGAAAGUCCCGGACAGCUUUCACCAACCAUCAGAUAUAUGAACUCGAGAAGCGCUUUUUGUACCAGAAAUACCUGUCUCCGGCCGAUCGAGACCAGAUAGCUCAGCAACUGGGGCUAACCAACGCUCAGGUCAUCACUUGGUUUCAGAAUAGACGGGCCAAGCUCAAGAGAGACUUGGAAGAGAUGAAAGCAGACGUGGAGUCGCUCAAAAAAGUACCACCACAAACCCUGCAAAAGCUAGUCAACAUGGAAGACAUUGACGACCUGCAAGGAAGCUCUGGAGCAAUAUCCCCUAGUAUCUCCCCGUCGUCACAAGGACACCGAGCAUUUCCUCAGUCCCCCUCCUCAUCCAGAGACCAAACCACGGACGAAUUCUCAGAGGAGGACGAAGAGAUUGAGGUGGACGAUUGACAGUAGGCCCAUGUUUUAAGAAAGCGCAUUUUCAAAACUUUUGCAGGCACGGAUAUUGACGAAGAUAGAAGUUAAACUUAAAAGGAAAGUUUACUUUCUCCUCUUCUCCAUUUUAAUUUAUUCAAUAGGACUGUAAAGCCUUCAUGAUGUCCCCGUUUCAAUUUCACCAAAUUAUUUGAGGAAUACAUAUUUAUUUAAAUAGGAUAUGAAACAUACUUAGUGUUAUAGUACACGAUCAAGACUGCAAAGUUUGUAUUUUCGGUAUGUAUUUUUUAUUUUUUUUGGGGGGGGGGUCAUUUAAAAAAAAACGAUUCAGCUGCUAAAGGACAUGAGAAAAUAUUUUCAACUCGAACGUCCCCAAGUUUAGGCCCAAGUCUCUUCUAAAAUGCCCAUGUAAUAAUUGUAAAAGACAAACCGGGCAAGAUUAAAAUGGGAGUGUAGGCUAUAUGUAUCCCGAUCUUGAUGUACAUUUUAUAAAAAACAAGAAGUGUUUCCAAACAAUAGCAGUCCAUUAUCAAUAUCAAGUUACAAACAUAUGCCAAAACUUUUACACGCUAUAAGUUCUGUAUAUAAAUUAAAUAACGAAUGCCUAAUUUUAUUGUACCAUUCUAUUUAAUCAACAUUAUGUAAAUAAAGGGAAU